AUGCUGCAUUCUCCGCCUGGCAAAACGCAGAAAGCGGCUAAUACACCGAUCGAACAAACCCAGUCGGUGCCUAAUAUACCACACGCAAUCACUGACCCAGAAUAUAUGAAUAUAAACGUACGUCAUAAGCGCCCGCGCGUUGAUGAAUCUCUGACUGACCAAUUGCAGGAAUUUAAAGAGGAAAUCAAGGAAAUGCUCUCAUCAUGGAAAAGCCAUCAAGAUCAGCUUAUAACGAAAGUCAUGGCAGAGCAAACAACAUUAGUGACAAAACUGAUAUCUGAGAUGGCUGAGCUGAAACUUCAAAAUGCUCAAAUUCAAAACACAAAUGCCGAAAUUGAAAAAUCUGUUUCUACCCUUAGUGCCCUGUAUGACGAUGUGAAAUGUCAGGUAAAGCGACUUCAAGAGGAGUGCAACGGCUAUAGGAAAUACACCGAAUCCCUAGAAAAAACGCUGAAAGACCUACAAUACAAGUCCAGAUCGUCGACUAUAGAAAUUCGAAAUGUCCCUACCCGUGACAAAGAGACAAUCUCCGACCUCACAAAAACCGUCUCAGCCAUCGGAGACACAAUCGGCCUUCCAGUAUCAGAAUCAAGCAUACGGGACAUUUACCGCGCCCCCGGUAACUCUAAUACUAAUAAACCAAUAGUAGCAGAGUUCACAAGCGUACACAUGAAGACCGAGUUUGUAGCCCGAGUAAGGACGUUCAAUAAUAAAAACACAAACAAAGAAAAUAAACUAAACUCGCAACUCUUGGGGUUAUCUGGUCAAAAACAACCAGUAUAUAUAGAUGAACACCUGCCUAAUUCGACAAAGAAAUUGUAUUACCUGGCAAGGGAAUAUGCUAAACAACAAGGCUUUAAAUUUUGUUGGACAAGAAACGGAAAUGUAUUUCUGCGGAAACAGCCAGGACUUCAACAUAUUCUCGUGAAAUCUGAAACAACCCUCAAAGAUAUGCAAGGGCAGAAAUGA